UUUUUUUUUUUUAAUAAUGUUACACGUUAGAUUUAAUGAUAAGAGAGCACUAGUGCUUGUUAUAAUAGUAAUUGUUACGAUAUUUAUUACUAUUAAUUUUGCUUCUCCAACUUAUGAAUUAGGAGAUUCAAUUGAUAGUACUCUUCGAAAAAGACAAGGCCCUCCACCAGGUGGUGAUGGACCAAAAACACCACCGGCUGGAGGCGAUGGUCCAAAAACACCACCGGGAGGAGGCGAUGGACCAAAAACACCACCGGCUGGAGGCGAUGGACCAAAAACACCACCGGCUGGAGGCGAUGGACCAAAAACACCACCAGGUGGUGGUGGUAAUGAUAAUCCUAAGGGCGGUGAUACACCAGUACCAGCACCAGCACCAGCACCAGCACCAGCUCCUGCUCCUGCUCCUGCGCCAGCACCAGCGCCAGGUGGUGAUGGUGGUGGUGCUAAUCCUAAAGGCGGUGAUGCCGGAACACCAACACCGCUACCAGUCCCACCAACACCACCAGGUGAUGGAAAACUACCACCUGGAACACCAGUUCCAGUGCCUACUGAAAAUCCUGUAACCCCUCCUACACCUGGACCUUCAACUCCUGGAACCCCACCUGAUCUACCAUCAAGUCCUGGUCCCGCUAUACCUCCCGCAUCAUCUCCAACGGAUACUGGACAGUCAAAGGGAUCAUCAUCUCCAUCAUCAUCUUUAAAACCAAUUAAUACAAAGACAAUCGAUCCGACUGCAACUUGCGCUUCUCCUAAUGAUGA